AUGAGAGACGAGCACGGUCGCCCCAGGACAAUUCGUGAUGCAGCCACCGGAUUUCCAGCGCUUGGGAUGAACUCUAAACAAUUUUUUAUUCCAAAUGAAGGCACUCUGAAGACGGUGACACGCAAAUGGAUGUCGAGCAAAGGCGUCUUUAAAAGAAACGUCGAAGUGCUGAGAACCCCCGCUUUACUGGCUGCAGCCAGAGAACAUUACAACUGUUCCACUUUGGAUGGGGUCGAUUUGGAGAACCAAGGAGCCGGGGCUACCAUGGCCGCCCACUUUGAGAAACGGGUAGCUAAA